AUGAACCCCUUCAGAGUCUUAGGUGAUUUGUCACAUCUAACCAGUAUAUUGAUCCUGAUUCGUACUAUCAAGACUACAAAGUACAUCGAGGGUAUAUCUUUCAAGACCCAAACAUUGUAUGCUUUGGUUUUCAUAACACGGUACUUGGACCUCUUGACUUUUCACUGGGUAUCCCUAUACAAUGCUCUAAUGAAAAUAUUUUUCAUUGUGUCUACCGCUUACAUCGUAGUACUGUUACAAGGGUCUAAAAGAACCAAUACCAUUGCGUAUAAUGAAAUGCUUAUGGGUGACACCUUCAAGAUCCAGCAUUUACUUAGUGGGAGUGCUCUAAUGAGUCUUUUUUUCCAUCACAAGUUCACGUUUCUUGAAUUAGCAUGGAGUUUUUCUGUAUGGUUGGAGAGUGUGGCCAUCCUACCUCAAUUGUACAUGCUAUCUAAGGGCGGAAAGACAAGAAGUCUAACUGUUCACUACAUUUUUGCCAUGGGAUUAUACAGAGCAUUGUAUAUUCCUAACUGGAUUUGGAGAUACAGUACCGAAGAUAAAAAGUUGGACAAGAUUGCUUUUUUCGCUGGACUUUUACAAACUUUGUUGUACUCUGACUUCUUUUACAUUUACUACACUAAAGUCAUCAGAGGGAAGGGUUUCAAGUUACCAAAAUAA